GAACUGAAAAUAAGGGGGAGAAAUAAAUAAAGAUACAAACAUUUAAAAAAGAAAUAGUAGUAAAUCUUCUAAUAAUGAUCCAAGAUUAGGUUUUUAGUAUCAAACUUAAUUCCAGUGAAAAGGGUUUUGGAGAAAUUCUUGAAAUUGUGCUUAGGUUAGCUUUCUGGGAAGAAGAAAGAAGGAAGAAAUAUAAGAUUUGACCCAAGUUGAAUUCUUGUUCCACCUUACUUCAUAGGUUUAUUUGCUUGCUGAGACGUCCGUGUUUAAGUUGUUUAGUAGAUGAAAUUCUUGAAUGGAGGACCUUUCUGAUAUAAGAAGAGAUGCAUAUUACGUAAGAACUUCACUUAGUGCUGCCGUAAAUGGUACCAGAAAUUCUUGGUUCACUAUUGCAUCAUUGCUCUAAGACCAAGGGAUUCUGUUAUGGCCUCUCUCUUCAUGCUGCGGCGAUCAAGUCAGGCUUGCGAGAUGACGUUGUCAUAUCCAAUCACAUCCUCAACAUGUAUGCCAAGUGUGGAAAUAUCAACUUUGCCAGUCAAGUUUUUAAUGAGAUGUCCGAGAGAAAUCUCAUUACCUGGUCAGCCAUGAUCUCUGGUUAUAGCCAAGACGGGAAGCAUCUCAUGGCUAUCAACCUUUACUCCCAAAUGCCACUAGAGCCCAAUGAAUUUGUCCUUGCUAGUGCUCUUAGUUCAUGUUCUAACCUCUUGGCCCUGAAACUUGGUAGACAAAUACACGCCCAGUCUAUCAAAUUAGGCUGUUCGUCCAUUUCGUUUGUGUCCAACUCUCUGAUCUCAAUGUACAUGAAAAAUGGUCAAUGUGGUGAUGCUCUAUCAGUUUUUGCAAGAACACCUAAUCUAACUGAUGUCUCUUAUAACGCAAUCAUUAUGGGUUUGGUAGAAAGUAAUCAAAGAGAGAAAGCAUUUGAAGUAUACAAAUGUAUGUGCCGACAAGGGUUGCUGCCAGACUGCUUCACCUUUGUGGGGUUAUUAGGAACCUGCAAUUCUGAAGAUGAUUUGGGGAAAGGAAUGCAAUUGCAUAGCCAAACGAUGAAGCUCAAACUUGACGGGACUGCUUUUAUAGGCAAUGUAAUAAUGAUAAUGUACUCAAAUAUAAACUUGUUAGACGAAGCUGAAAAAGUUUUCAGAUCAAUCAAAGAGAAAGAUGUCAUUUCAUGGAAUACUCUCAUUGCUGCUUGUUCUCGUUGUGAUGAUCAUUCUAAGGCAUUGCGCGUUUUUAGAGAGAUGUUGGAGUAUUUUGACGGAAGGCCUGAUGAGUUUACCUAUGCUAGUGUGCUUUCUGCAUCUGCUGGCAUGGGUUCUAUGCAAUUUGGGCGGCAAAUACAUGCACAUAUCAUUAGAACAAGCCCAAGUGUAGACAUUGGUGUUGGCAAUGCACUUGUGAACAUGUAUGCUAAAUGUGGCUGUAUUCAGUAUGCAUAUACAGCUUUUAGGCUAAUGACUUGUCAUAAUCUUGUCUCAUGGAAUAGUGUCAUUGCUGGAUUUGCUAACCAUGGCCAUGGAAAAGAAGUUAUAAAAUUGUUCGAGGAGAUGAGGAAUGUCGGUUUAAAGCCUGAUUCUGUCACAUUUCUUGGACUUCUAAUCGCUUGCAAUCAUGCAGGGCUUGUAGAUGAGGGCCUAGAUUACUUCAAUACCAUGAACGAGAUUUAUGGGGUUACUCCUGAUAUUGAACAUUUCUCUUGCCUCAUUGAUCUACUAGGACGAGCUGGGAGACUGAAAGAUGCUGAAGAAUACAUGCAAAGAUACCCUUUUGGGCAUGAUCCAGUUGUUUUAGGUUGCUUACUUUCAGCUUGUCGGCUGCAUGGUGAUGUUGUAAUAGGGGAAAGAAUGGCUAAAAAGCUCCUACAGCUUCGGCCAGUUUCAACUUCACCUUAUGUUUUGUUAUCAAACUUGUAUGCUUCAGACGAGAAGUGGGAUAGUGUAGCAGAGGCAAGGAAAAUGUUAAAGGGCUGCGGCUUAAAGAAGGAGGCUGGUCAUAGUCUCAUUGAAGUGAAGGGUUCUGUUGAAAAGUUCACAAUUGGCGAUUUCUCUAAUUCAAGGAUCGAGGAAAUCAUGAAAGUGCUUGGUGCUUUAGGCUGUGGAUGGGAUGAAGAAACUUUUCUCCUUGAUUCAGCAUAAGAAAAGGAGUUUUGUUCCUCAUUCCACUCCUUCAGCACUAUUGCAACAGCUCGGUUAUGCCUAUAGUUGCAAGCAUGCUGUUUUGGUUUUCUGUACAUGCCGGAACGGAAGAGAAGCGUAUCAGACAUGUUCUUGUGCAGUGGAGAGGAGUGGUCACAGUCUGCUUAAUCUGAUGUUUUUUGGAAUUUUAAGCUCGGCAUGCACGAAGAGCUUCUGAAAUGACAGAUUUUACUGAACUAACAAAAGUGGCUUCAUGAUGUAAUUGGAAGGCUUGGUUUUCGAGCUGUUGUUCUGGAGAUUAAUUUGAAAUUGCUUAGCUGAGUCGAUGUAGAAGCAAAUAGAGACCACUUUGUUCUGCAUAUUGGAUGUUCAGAUUAUUGUUGUGGAAGUUGAGAUGCAUAGCUUUUGCCUUUGCAAGUGGCAUUUCCAUCCAAGUUCUUGGAAACUAUCCUGGACAGCUAAUACAAGCAGGAAGCUGCGCUGACAUUUUUGCGGAGGAGAAUCCAAGAUUAAAUUUGUUAGGUUUAACUUUAGGUUCUUACUACUGAAUUAUUACCACUUAUUAUGGGCCCAAAAUUUAACUUUUUCUGAAAUCCCAUAAUUUAAAUUUCUUAUUUGAAAUUAUAGUAGACUUCUAUC